AUGUAUGCACAGCACCCUCAACUAAUUGAAUUAGAUAGUUCAAGUAUUGUGGUGAAUGGUGUUUCUCACAAAACAGAUGAAUGGACCAACAUUCGGCCUGGUAUUCUUUCUUUGGUUGGUAGAAAUCUGCACAAACAACCAAAUCAUCCUAUAGGAAUACUUCGUGGUUUAAUAGAAUCUCGCUUCGAGGGACUUGGUUAUACUUUUUACAAUGAUUUUGAACCAGCUGUUUCCGUUCAUGAUAAUUUUGAUGUCUUGGGCUUUCCAGAAGAUCAUCCAGGAAGGUCAAAGUCAGACACGUACUACAUCAACAAGAACACAGUUCUACGUACACAUACAUCAGCACAUGAGCCUUAUUGUUUCCGGGAUUGCAAAACUCCGGGAUAUUUCAUAUCAGGAGAUGUCUAUCGAAAGGACGAAAUUGAUCAAACACACUAUCCGGUUUUCCAUCAGCUCGAAGGCGGUCGUAUUUGGUCGAAGAAUGAUUCCGAUAAUAGUGUGAUCACCCAGAUUCAAAAUGAUAUUGACGGGUUGCCAAAAAUCGACAUAUUAGUCGAAGAUGACAAUCUUGUCUAUGAUGCGCAAAUCAACCCUAAACAGUCCCACAUGUCAGACAAAGAAACCGAACUGGUCACCACUCAUUUGAAACGAACAAUUGAAAUAUUGGUUGACCAGGUAUUUUCGGAAGCAAAAAAAGCUGCAAAAGAGAGUGGACUGUCUGGUUCGUCAUAUGAUGAACCAUUGAGGGUAAGAUGGUUAACCGACAAGUUCCCCUGGACUGCGCCGUCUUGGCAAAUUGAAGUUUGGUGGAAUGGGCGAUGGCUCGAGUGCUGUGGUUGUGGGAUUGUCAAGCGUGAGGUGCUGUUACAAUCAGGUAUUGAGAACUCCAUUGGUUGGGCUUUUGGGAUCGGCUUGGAUAGGAUUGCAAUGCUCCUUUUUGGUAUUCCAGAUAUCAGAGUUUUCUGGUCUCAAGACGAGAGGUUCACCAAGCAGUUCUCGGAGAGUAAGAUAUCAAUUUUUAAGCCAUACUCAAAAUAUCCAGGCACUACUAGAGAUAUCUCUUUCUGGCUGCCGGAAGAUUCGACGAAUAUUGACAGUGUGCAUGAAAAUGAUGUGAUGGAAGUUGUGCGAGAAAUAGCCGGGGAUAUUGCGGAAAGUGUGAAAUUGAUUGAUGAAUUCUCUCAUCCUAAAUCGGGAAGAAAGUCACAGUGCUAUAGAGUCAAUUACCAAUCAAUGGACCGAUCAUUGACCAAUGAUGAAAUAAAUGUUUUGCAUGAAAAAGUUCGUAAAGAACUUGAAGAAUUGCAUCCAAUUGAACUUAGAUGA